AUGGGUGUUGGCCGGAGGAAGCUGGUCCCAUUCUGGGUCCUAGCCCUGGCCCUGACUUGCAGUCAACACACAGGUAAGAGUCAAAAUGUCCAGCUUUUCCAGGCCACUUGGAGAGACGUUUUUCUUCCCCCAUGCCCCCAAGCCCCUGUCUCCACAGCUGUCCCACUCCAUGGGGUAACCAUCAUACCACCUCUGAAGACCGUCCCCGUGGUACAAGCUCUCAACCCAGCACAUACCGGGAGGGUGUGCAGCACAUGGGGCAACUUCCACUACAAGACCUUUGAUGGCCAGGUCUUCCGCUUCCCUGGCCUCUGCAACUACGUGUUCUCUGCACACUGUGGGGAUGCCUAUGAGGACUUCAAUAUCCAGCUGCGUCGUGCCCGGGAGUCUAAUUCCACCACUCUGAGCAGGGUCAUCAUGAAGCUCAACGGCCUAGUUGUUGAGCUGACCAAGAGCUCUGUAUUAGUCAAUAACCACCCGGUCCAGCUGCCCUUCAGCCAGUCUGGGGUCCUCAUUGAGCUCAGCAGCGGCUACCUGAAGGUGGCAGCCAGGCUGGGCCUGGUCUUCGUGUGGAAUGAUGACGACGGUCUCCUGCUGGAGUUGGAUACCAAAUACACCAACAAGACUUGUGGUCUCUGUGGAGACUUCAAUGGCAGUCCAGAGUCCAGCGAGUUCCUCUCUCACAAUGUUAGACUGACACCUCUUGAGUUUGGGAACCUCCAGAAGAUGGACGGCCCCACAGAGCAGUGCCAGGACCCCCUCCCUGUGCCCCAGAAGAACUGCUCCACCAAAUCUGGCAUCUGUGAAGAGAUCCUGAAAAGUCAGCUGUUCUCAGACUGCUCGGCCCUGGUGGACAUCAGCAGCUACCUGGAGGCUUGCAGGCAGGACCUCUGUCUCUGUGAGAACCCUGAUCUGUCCAGCUGUAUCUGCCAAACUGUGGCUGAAUACUCCCGGCAGUGUGCCCAUGCUGGAGGAAAGCCCCAGGACUGGCGGGGCCCCAACCUCUGCUCUCAGACAUGCCCCCUCAACAUGCAACACCAGGAAUGUGGCUCACCCUGUGUGGACACCUGCUCCAACCCCCAGCGCUCCCAGGUCUGUGAGGACCACUGUAUUGCUGGCUGCUUCUGUCCUAAGGGAAUGGUGCUUGAUGACAUCAACCAGACAGGCUGUGUUCCUGUGUCCCAGUGUGCCUGCCUGUACAAUGGGACAGCUUAUGCACCUGGUACCAAUUACUCUACCGACUGCACCAAGUGCACAUGCUCUGGAGGGCGGUGGAGCUGCCAGGAGAUCCCGUGCCCUGGCACCUGCUCCGUGCUGGGAGGCUCCCACUUCUCCACGUUUGAUGAAAGGCAGUACACAGUGCAUGGGGAUUGUAGCUAUGUGCUGAGCAAGCCCUGUGACAGCAAUAUCUUCACUGUGCUGGCUGAGCUUCGGAAGUGUGGGCUGACAGACAGCGAGACUUGUCUGAAGAGUGUGACGCUGAGCCUGGGUGGGGGGCAGACCGUGGUCGUGGUGAAAGCCACUGGAGAGGUCUUUGUGAACCAGAUUUAUACCCAGCUGCCAGUGUCUACAGCCAAUGUUACCCUCUUCCGGCCUUCAACCUUCUUCAUCAUUGCCGAGACCCACAUGGGUCUGCAGCUUGAGAUCCAGCUGGUGCCCCUCAUGCAGGUGUUUGUGCGGCUGGCACCUGAGCUCAGGGGUCUAACCUGUGGGCUCUGUGGGAAUUUCAACAGUAUCCAGGCAGACGAUUUCCAGACCAUCAGCGGGGUUGUGGAGGGUACAGCAGCUGCCUUCUUCAACACCUUCAAGACCCAGGCGGCUUGUCCGAACGUCAAGAAUAUCUUUGAGGACCCCUGCUCGCUCAGCGUGGAGAAUGAGAAGUACGCCCAGCACUGGUGUUCUCAGCUGACUGACGCCAGUGGCCCAUUUUCCAAGUGCCACACCACCGUGAACCCCAGCACCUACUACUCGAACUGCAUGUUUGACACGUGCAACUGUGAGAAGAGCGAGGACUGCAUGUGUGCCGCCCUGUCCUCCUAUGUGCACGCCUGUGCUGCCAAAGGCGUGCUGCUCAGUGGCUGGAGAGAUGGCGUCUGCACAAAGCCUACAACUACCUGCCCCAAGUCGAUGACCUAUCAAUACCACAUUAGCACCUGCCAGCCCACCUGUCGUGCAUUGCACGAGGAAGAUGUCACCUGCCAUGUCAACUUCAGCCCUGUAGAUGGUUGCACCUGCCCUGCAGGCACCUUCCUGGAUGAUUCAGGCAAAUGUGUGCAGGCCACCAGCUGUCCCUGCUACCACAGGGGAUCCGCAGUUCCCAACGGCGAGUCUGUGCACGAGAGUGGGGCCGUUUGCACCUGCACCCAAGGGACACUGACCUGCAUCGGAGGCCCUGCUCCGACUCCAGUGUGUGAUGCACCCAUGAUCUAUUCUGACUGCCGCAAUGCCACAUCUGGGGAUACUGGAGCAGGAUGUCAGAAGAGCUGCCACACCCUGGACAUGACCUGUUAUAGCUCUGAAUGCGUUCCUGGCUGUGUGUGCCCCGACGGGUUGGUGGCAGAUGGUAAUGGAGGUUGUGUUGCUGCUGAGGACUGUCCUUGUGUGCACAACGAGGCCACUUACAGGCCUGGGGAGACCAUCCAAGUGGGAUGCAACAACUGCACCUGUGAGAACAGGAUGUGGCAGUGUACAGACAAGCCCUGCCUGGCCACCUGUGCUGUGUAUGGGGAUGGCCACUACAUCACUUUCGAUGGGCAGCGUUACAGCUUCAGUGGGAACUGCGAGUACACGCUGUUGCAGGACCACUGUGAUGGGAUCGGCAGCUUCCAGGAUGCCUUUCGUGUUGUCACCGAGAACAUCCCCUGUGGUACCACCGGAACCACCUGCUCCAAGGAUAUCAAGAUCUUCCUGGGGAAUUAUGAGCUGAAGCUGACCGAUGGCAAGGUGGAGGUGGUCCAGAAGGGUACCGGGCAGGAGCCUCCCUACUAUGUCCACCAGAUGGGCAUCUACCUGGUGGUGGAAACCGACAUUGGCCUGGUGCUUCAGUGGGACAGGAAGACCAGCAUCUUUCUCAGACUCAGCCCUGAGUUCAAGGGCAGGGUCUGUGGCCUGUGUGGGAACUUUGACGACAAUGCCAUCAAUGACUUCACCACGCGCAGCCAGUCUGUGGUGGGUGACAUGCUGGAGUUUGGAAACAGCUGGAAGUUCUCCCCAUCCUGCCCAGAUGCCCUGGUGUCCAAGGACCCCUGCACUGCCAACCCUUACCGCAAGUCCUGGGCCCAGAAGCAAUGCAGCAUCAUCAACAGUGCGACCUUCACCGCCUGCCACGCCCAUGUGGAGCCUGCCAAGUACUACGAAGCUUGUGUGAGUGACGCGUGUGCCUGCGACUCAGGGGGUGACUGCGAGUGUUUCUGCACUGCUGUGGCUGCCUAUGCCCAGGCCUGCCAUGAAGUGGGCGUGUGUGUGUCCUGGAGGACACCGGACAUCUGCCCGCUCUUCUGUGACUACUACAAUCCAGAAGGUCAGUGUGAGUGGCACUACCAGCCGUGUGGGGCCCCCUGCAUGCGCACCUGCCAGAACCCUAGUGGACACUGCCUACAAGAUCUUCGUGGCCUUGAAGGCUGCUACCCCAAGUGCCCACCAACAGCCCCCAUCUUUGAUGAGGGCACGAUGCAGUGUGUAUCCAACUGUACAGUCAGCCCCUCACGUCUCUGCCGCAUCAAUGGGAAGUCGUACCGACCAGGUGCUACGGUACCUUCAGACAAGAACUGCCGUUCCUGCGUUUGCACAGAGAACGGUGUGAGCUGUAGCCACGAUGUUUCUGCCUGUGUCUGUACCUACAAUGGGCAGGACUUCCAUCACGGGGAAGUCAUCUACAACACGACAGAUGGCAUGGGAGGCUGUAUCUCUGCACACUGCGGGGCUAACGGCACCAUCAAAAGGAUUACUGACUCCUGCAGCCCCACCACUCCCGUGCCCCCGACCACGUUCUCCUUCUCCACACCAGUUGUGCCACCCUCCAGCACACAUCCCAGCCCUACCCUGAGUGUCAUGUACACAGGGUCCCCAAGCAGGGCUGCACCAACAACCAGCAGCAUGCUGUCUGUCGAGACCCCUGCCACAGCCUCUACCUUGACUGCAUCUACGACAGCCUCCACCUUAACCACGCCAGGCUGCGAGGAGGAGUGCUCCUGGUCUCCCUGGAUGGAUGCCAGCCGUCCUGGACGUGGCAUUGAUGGUGGUGAUUUUGACACUCUGGAGAACCUCCGUGCCCAUGGCUACCAGAUCUGCCAAGUGCCGAGGGAAGUGGAUUGCCGUGCUGAGGCUGCCCCCGAGGUGCCGCUUCACGCCCUAGGGCAGCACGUGGAGUGCAGUGCAAGUGCAGGACUGACCUGUCACAACAGGGAUCAGGUGUCGGGGCUCUGUGACAACUACCAGAUCAGAGUUCUGUGCUGCACCCCCAUCAGCUGCCCGGCCCCCAGUGGUCCUACCCAGACCACCCAUGUGAUAACCUCCAGGAGCACUACAAUGGGGACCAUAACCUCCUCAGCCCCUGUCACUUCCCCUGACCACACAGAAAACAUGGUGAUGCCAUCCACCCCUGGCCCAGUUAGUUCUGCCACGGUUAAGACAACUCUGUCCACUACUAGCCCAAUGCCAGAACCAACUUCAGCCACAUCAUCUGUGUCCGUAUCAACUUCAGGGUCCACCAGGGCUUCCCUGGAGACUACCCAGGAAUGCAGACAGGAGCAUUGCACUUGGACUGAUUGGAUAGAUGGCAGCUACCCUGGGCCUGGCAGAAACAGUGGAGAUUUUGACAGCUUCCUAAACCUGAGAGCCAAAGGCUACAAGUUCUGUGAGAAGCCGCAAAAUGUGGAGUGCAGGGCUCAGUUCUUUCCCAACACACCCCUGGAAGAGCUGGGCCAGGACGUAACCUGCAACCGAGAGGAAGGCUUGAUCUGUCUGAACAAGAACCAGCUUCCACCGAUUUGUUAUAACUAUGAGAUCCGGAUACAGUGUUGCACAGUGGUGGACAUGUGUUCUACUGCAUCGGCUGCCACUCAUCCCACACCACAUGAAGUAAGCACGGAAACGAAGACCAAAAGGACCACGAGCUUGCGUUCCUCUUCCACCACGGACACCAGUACUCACUCAGCAAUGACACACACAAAGACCUUGGCUACAGAGAGUUCGCACAUAGUCACCGAGCCAGUAACCACCCACUGCCAGCCCCAGUGCAACUGGACCAAGUGGUUUGACACUGACUUCCCGGUGCCUGGGCCACAUGGAGGGGACCUGGAAACCUACAGCAACAUCCUGAGGAGCGGAGAGAGGAUCUGUCACCGGCCAGAGGAGAUCGCACAGCUGGAAUGCAGGGCUGAGAAUCACCCUGAUGUGCGGCUGGAGCAUCUGGGUCAGGUGGUACAGUGUGACCCCACUGUGGGCCUGGUGUGCAGGAACCGGGACCAGCAGGACAUCUCCGGGAUGUGCCUCAACUAUGAGGUGCGAGUCCUGUGCUGCCGCGUGCCUGAAGGCUGCCCUGAGACCACACAUGCCACUCCUUCCAGCUCUCCAAGUGAGACUGCCACCAGUUCAGUUCCUGGAACCACUUCUGUUCAUACAGCAAUCAGCACGUCCAUGCCUCAAACCAGGACAACCAUUGUGCAGACAGCCAGCACCACCUCCACACCCCAAACCAGCUCACCCUUCAUAGACAAAUCCAGCACCACCUCUGGGCAGACUAUUUCCACCAGGGACACCAGAACCACCUCUGUACAGACAGCCAGCACCACAUCCACACCUAAACCUAAACCAAGCUCUGAGUCUUCGGCCAGUACUACCUUCAAAUCUCAAACCAGCUCAACACCUAUAGGACAUUCCAGCACAACCUCUGGACACCCAGCCAGCACCAUGUCCACCAGAGACACUAGAAUCACCUCUGAGCACACAGCCAGCACAACCUUCUUGCAUAAACCCAGACCAACGUCUGGGCAACCAGCUGGAACCACCUCCACACCUCGAACCAGUGCAGUCUCUGGACAAACAGUCAGCAGAGUGUCCACCAGCAUCAUCUCUGUGCAGACAGCCAGCACCACCUCCACACCCCAAACCAGCUCACCCUUCAUAGACAAAUCCAGCACCACCUCUGGGCAGACUAUUUCCAUCAGAGACACCAGAACCACCUCUUUGCAGACAGCCAGCACCACAUCCAUACCUAAACCCAAACCAAGCUCUGAGCCUUCGGCCAGUACUACCUUCAAACCUCAAACCAGCUCAACAUCUAUAGGACAUUCCAGCACAACCUCUGGACACCCAGCCAGCACCAUGUCUACCAAGGGCACCAGCUCCACCUCUGAGAAGAUAGCAAGUACCACCUACACACCCCAAACAAGCUCACCCUCUACAAGAACAGUGAACUCUACCUUCAAAAUUCAGACCAGUUCAACUUCUACAAAGAAAACCAGUACCACCUCUGGGCAGCCAGGCAGCACCGUGUCCAUCAGAGACACCACAUCCACCUCUGGGCAGCCAGCCAGCACGACAUCCAUGGGAAGAACCAGCACCACCUCUGUGCCUGCAACCGGAGCCACCUCGGGUCCUCUGAGCACCACAGGCCCUGGGCCUCAUCCUGGGACGACUUCCUCCCCACUGACCACCCACUGCCAGCCCCAGUGCAACUGGACCAAGUGGUUUGACACUGACUUCCCGGUGCCUGGGCCACAUGGAGGGGACCUGGAAACCUACAGCAACAUCCUGAGGAGCGGAGAGAGGAUCUGUCACCAGCCAGAGGAGAUCGCACAGCUGGAAUGCAGGGCUGAGAAUCACCCUGAUGUGCGGCUGGAGCAUCUGGGUCAGGUGGUACAGUGUGACCCCACUGUGGGCCUGGUGUGCAGGAACCGGGACCAGCAGGACAUCUCCGGGAUGUGCCUCAACUAUGAAGUGCGAGUCCUGUGCUGCCGCGUGCCUGAAGGCUGCCCUGAGACCACACGUGCCACUCCUUCCAGCUCUCCAAGUGAGACUGCCACCAGUUCAGUUCCUGGAACCACUUCUGUUCAUACAGCAAUCAGCACGUCCAUGCCUCAAACCAGGACAACCAUUGUGCAGACAGCCAGCACCACCUCCACACCCCAAACCAGCUCACCCUUCAUAGACAAAUCCAGCACCACCUCUGGGCAGACUAUUUCCACCAGGGACACCAGAACCACCUCUGUACAGACAGCCAGCACCACAUCCACACCUAAACCUAAACCAAGCUCUGAGUCUUCGGCCAGUACUACCUUCAAAUCUCAAACCAGCUCAACACCUAUAGGACAUUCCAGCACAACCUCUGGGCACCCAGCCAGCACCAUGUCCACCAGAGACACUAGAAUCACCUCUGAGCACACAGCCAGCACAACCUUCUUGCAUAAACCCAGACCAACGUCUGGGCAGCCAGCCGGAACCACCUCCACACCUCGAACCAGUGCAGUCUCUGGACAAACAGUCAGCACAGGGUCCACCAGAGACACCAGCACCAUCUCUGUGCAGACAGCCAGCACCACCUCCACACCCCAAACAAGCUCACCAUUUAUAGAAAAAUCUAGCACUACUGCUGGGCAGACGGCCAGUACUAUUUCCACCAGAGACACCAGAACCACCACUGAGCAGACAGCCAGCACCACCUCCAUACCUGGAUCAAGUUCAACAUCUAAAGGAAAAGCCAGGACCACCACCAAACCCCAAACCAGCUCAAUUUCUGAGCACACAGCCAGCACCAUGUCUACCAAGGGAACCAGCACCACCUCAGAGCAGACAGCAAGGACUACCAACACACCCCAAACAAGCUCACCCUCUUCAAGAACAGUGAGCUCUACCCUCAAAACUCAGACCAGUUCAACCUCUGGGCAGCCAGGCAGCACCGUGUCCAUCAGAGACACCACAUCCACCUCUGGGCAGCCAGCCAGCACGACAUCCAUGGGAAGAACCAGCACCACCUCUGUGCCUGCAACCAGAGCCACCUCGGGUCCUCUGAGCACCACAGGCCCUGGGCCUCAUCCUGGGACGACUUCCUCCCCACUGACCACCCACUGCCAGCCCCAGUGCAACUGGACCAAGUGGUUUGACACUGACUUCCCGGUGCCUGGGCCACAUGGAGGGGACCUGGAAACCUACAGCAACAUCCUGAGGAGCGGAGAGAGGAUCUGUCACCGGCCAGAGGAGAUCGCACAGCUGGAAUGCAGGGCUGAGAAUCACCCUGAUGUGCGGCUGGAGCAUCUGGGUCAGGUGGUACAGUGUGACCCCACUGUGGGCCUGGUGUGCAGGAACCGGGACCAGCAGGACAUCUCCGGGAUGUGCCUCAACUAUGAAGUGCGAGUCCUGUGCUGCCGCGUGCCUGAAGGCUGCCCUGAGACCACACGUGCCACUCCUUCCAGCUCUCCAAGUGAGACUGCCACCAGUUCAGUUCCUGGAACCACUUCUGUUCAUACAGCAAUCAGCACGUCCAUGCCUCAAACCAGGACAACCAUUGUGCAGACAGCCAGCACCACCUCCACACCCCAAACCAGCUCACCCUUCAUAGACAAAUCCAGCACCACCUCUGGGCAGACUACCAGCACCAUCUCUGUGCAGACAGCCAGCACCACCUCCACACCCCAAACAAGCUCACCAUUUAUAGAAAAAUCUAGCACUACUGCUGGGCAGACGGCCAGUACUAUUUCCACCAGAGACACCAGAACCACCACUGAGCAGACAGCCAGCACCACCUCCAUACCUGGAUCAAGUUCAACAUCUAAAGGAAAAGCCAGGACCACCACCAAACCCCAAACCAGCUCAAUUUCUGAGCACACAGCCAGCACCAUGUCUACCAAGGGAACCAGCACCACCUCAGAGCAGACAGCAAGGACUACCAACACACCCCAAACAAGCUCACCCUCUUCAAGAACAGUGAGCUCUACCCUCAAAACUCAGACCAGUUCAACCUCUGGGCAGCCAGGCAGCACCGUGUCCAUCAGAGACACCACAUCCACCUCUGGGCAGCCAGCCAGCACGACAUCCAUGGGAAGAACCAGCACCACCUCUGUGCCUGCAACCGGAGCCACCUCGGGUCCUCUGAGCACCACAGGCCCUGGGCCUCAUCCUGGGACGACUUCCUCCCCACUGACCACCCACUGCCAGCCCCAGUGCAACUGGACCAAGUGGUUUGACACUGACUUCCCGGUGCCUGGGCCACAUGGAGGGGACCUGGAAACCUACAGCAACAUCCUGAGGAGCGGAGAGAGGAUCUGUCACCGGCCAGAGGAGAUCGCACAGCUGGAAUGCAGGGCUGAGAAUCACCCUGAUGUGCGGCUGGAGCAUCUGGGUCAGGUGGUACAGUGUGACCCCACUGUGGGCCUGGUGUGCAGGAACCGGGACCAGCAGGACAUCUCCGGGAUGUGCCUCAACUAUGAAGUGCGAGUCCUGUGCUGCCGCGUGCCUGAAGGCUGCCCUGAGACCACACAUGCCACUCCUUCCAGCUCUCCAAGUGAGACUGCCACCAGUUCAGUUCCUGGAACCACUUCUGUUCAUACAGCAAUCAGCACGUCCAUGCCUCAAACCAGGACAACCAUUGUGCAGACAGCCAGCACCACCUCCACACCCCAAACCAGCUCACCCUUCACAGACAAAUCCAGCACCACCUCUGGGCAGACUAUUUCCACCAGGGACACCAGAACCACCUCUGUACAGACAGCCAGCACCACAUCCACACCUAAACCUAAACCAAGCUCUGAGUCUUCGGCCAGUACUACCUUCAAAUCUCAAACCAGCUCAACACCUAUAGGACAUUCCAGCACAACCUCUGGGCACCCAGCCAGCACCAUGUCCACCAGAGACACUAGAAUCACCUCUGAGCACACAGCCAGCACAACCUUCUUGCAUAAACCCAGACCAACGUCUGGGCAGCCAGCCGGAACCACCUCCACACCUCGAACCAGUGCAGUCUCUGGACAAACAGUCAGCACAGGGUCCACCAGAGACACCAGCACCAUCUCUGUGCAGACAGCCAGCACCACCUCCACACCCCAAACAAGCUCACCAUUUAUAGAAAAAUCUAGCACUACUGCUGGGCAGACGGCCAGUACUAUUUCCACCAGAGACACCAGAACCACCACUGAGCAGACAGCCAGCACCACCUCCAUACCUGGAUCAAGUUCAACAUCUAAAGGAAAAGCCAGGACCACCACCAAACCCCAAACCAGCUCAAUUUCUGAGCACACAGCCAGCACCAUGUCUACCAAGGGAACCAGCACCACCUCAGAGCAGACAGCAAGGACUACCAACACACCCCAAACAAGCUCACCCUCUUCAAGAACAGUGAGCUCUACCCUCAAAACUCAGACCAGUUCAACCUCUGGGCAGCCAGGCAGCACCGUGUCCAUCAGAGACACCACAACCACCUCUGGGCAGCCAGCCAGCACGACAUCCAUGGGAAGAACCAGCACCACCUCUGUGCCUGCAACCAGAGCCACCUCGGGUCCUCUGAGCACCACAGGCCCUGGGCCUCAUCCUGGGACGACUUCCUCCCCACUGACCACCCACUGCCAGCCCCAGUGCAACUGGACCAAGUGGUUUGACACUGACUUCCCGGUGCCUGGGCCACAUGGAGGGGACCUGGAAACCUACAGCAACAUCCUGAGGAGCGGAGAGAGGAUCUGUCACCGGCCAGAGGAGAUCGCACAGCUGGAAUGCAGGGCUGAGAAUCACCCUGAUGUGCGGCUGGAGGAUCUGGGUCAGGUGGUGCAGUGUGACCCCACUGUGGGCCUGGUGUGCAGGAACCGGGACCAGCAGGACAUCUCCGGGAUGUGCCUCAACUAUGAGGUGCGAGUCCUGUGCUGCCGUUUGCCUGAAGGCUGCCCCGAUACCUAUUGGACUCCCCCUGUGACAACACCCCUCAAGCCCUCAUUUCCAUUUGUGUCACCCUCAUCUGUGUCCCCAUUAUCAUCGUCGAGCCCUGCUGGACAUUUUACCACUCCUUGUGUGUGCAACGUGUCAGGCCAACUAUAUCCUAUCGGAUCCAUGAUCUACAACAAGACAGAUCUGGACGGGCACUGUUACUAUGCCUAUUGCAACCUGACCUGCCAGGUGGAUAGAGGGGUUAGUAAGGACUGCCCUUCCACCAUGCCGACCCCUGCAACAGCUCUGUCCACCUCUACAUCUCCCAUCGUCCCUGUCAUGGAGAGGAAUCGGUGCAAUGUGUUCCCUCCCAGAAUGAAAGGGGAGAACUGGCCCAUGCCUAAUUGCUCCCAAGCCACCUGUGAGGGCAACAAUGUCGUCUCCCUAAGUCCACGCCAGUGUCCAGAGAUGAAAGCACCAUCUUGUGCCAACGGCUACCCACCCCUGAAGGUGGAUGACCAGGAUGGUUGCUGCCAGCACUACCAGUGCCAGUGUGUUUGCAGCGGCUGGGGUGAUCCCCACUACAUCACAUUUGAUGGCACCUACUACAGUUUUCUGGAUAACUGCACAUACGUGUUGGUGCAGCAGAUCGUGCCUGUGUUUGGACCCUUCCGUGUGCUCAUUGACAACUACUUCUGUGACCUGGGAGACAGUGUUUCCUGCCCGCAGUCCAUCAUUGUGGAGUACCACCAGGACCGUGUGGUGCUGACCCGCAGGCCAGUUAAUGGGAUCAUGACCAACCAGAUCAUCUUCAACAACAAGGUAGUGAGUCCAGGCUUCCAGCAGAAUGGCAUUGCCGUCUCCCGUGUGGGUGUUAAGAUGUACGUUACCAUUCAGGAGAUUGGUGUCCAAGUCAUGUUCUCAGGCCUCAUCUUCUCUGUUGAGGUGCCCUUCAAUCUGUUCGCCAACAACACAGAGGGCCAAUGCGGCACUUGCACCAAUGACAAGAAGGACGAGUGCCGCCUGCCUGGAGGGGCAGUAACCUCUUCUUGUUCUGAGAUGGCUGGCCACUGGAAGGUGCCCGACCAGCCUUCCUGCCAAGGGCCUCCUCCAACACCAGCUUCAGUGGCACCCAGUCCUUCACCGACCCCGUGUCCGUCAUCACCACUCUGUGAGCUCAUCAUAAGCAACGUCUUCCAGUCCUGCCACCUUGUCAUCCCUCCCCUGCCGUUCUAUGAAGGCUGCUUGUUUGACGCGUGCCACGGCGUGGACUGGGAGGUGGUGUGCUCAAGCCUGGAGCUCUACGCCACACUCUGUGCCACCAAAGGCCAGUGCAUCCCCUGGAGAAGUCACACCAACAACACCUGUCCAUUCAACUGUUCUGAUAACAAAGUAUACAAGCCAUGUGGCCCAACCAACCCUCACUACUGCUAUAGGAAUGACGACAUCAGCACCAGCUUGAUCCUUCAGGAAGCUGGCUCCUUCUCAGAGGGCUGCUUCUGUCCAGAUAACACGACACUUUUCAGCACUAAUGAUUCAGUCUGCGUGCCUUCCUGCCAAUGGUGUCUGGGACCUCAUGGAGAACCUGUGGGGCCGGGCCACACCAUCAGCAUCGAUUGCCAGGACUGUGUCUGCAAGGAGGGCACGCUGACCUGCCAAAGGAAGUCCUGUCCCCAGACCACCUGUUCAGAGCCUGGCUUUGUGCCGGUGCCCCAGGCCCUAAAGGCUGGCCAGUGUUGUUCCCAGUUCAGCUGUGUCUGCAACUCCAGCUUCUGCCCUCCUCCUCUGCACUGCCCGGAGAAUUCUAGCCUGGUGGUCGUCUACGAGGAGGGAGCUUGCUGCCCAAGACAAAACUGCAGCAGUGAGUAUCCCUGA